AAUCUGGGCCAGUAUGGAUGGGUGCAGAUGAGAAGGAAGAGAGAUGCAGGAGUGAGAAAUGAAAUGGGGAGUGGCCCUGAUUUAUUUGUUAUGCCUGAGAGCGACUUUAUGAGACCAAACGAAGGUCUUGCCGGACACAAACGGGGCCGAAAACCCAUACUAGGGACCGUUUCUUUGUCUGCGAAAGCCUCACUACGCCCUCAGAGCACAAGGGGGAGGGACCCCACCAAAAAUUUCCUU